UGAUAUUGACAAGAAUUAGUUAUUGCUGGCAGCGCUACUCAUUGUUGCAGAUUAAAAAAAUAUUAUGUUAGAGAUUUUCGGUUUGGAUCGAAACUUAAUAAGAAUUGCCACACCAUACUCGGAAAACGUUUACAAUCAUUUAUGUUGUUUAAAUAAACAUCUCACACAAACAUUUAGACAGAAAGAGAAGCAGAGGCAAACCUUUAAAAAUAAAUUUUGGUUUUGUUCGAAUAACUUGUAACGUGAUAAGAAUUUGUUAUCUUAGGCAUCACAGAAAGACGGUUCGAAUGAUACAUGCGUAAAUAUAAUAUAGGUGAACGCUUAAACUAGAUAUCAUUUAUAUUUUAUAUUGAUAUGUGUCAUUGUCAAUUCUAAUAAUACGUAAUUAUACACUUACAACACGAUACAGCUUCCGUGACAUUUGACACCGGCAACUCAUUCAAAAUGACGGUCGAGGGUGUCAUGGUGUCCUACAACUAUUCGGAUGACGCGGAACACGCGAACAUACUGACAGUGUCGGCAUCAGGAAUAAAGUUCUCCAAGCGAUGGGUUCUCACGCACGGUUCAAUAUUAUCGCCACUAAAACAGGCCAACGUUAUCAAGAACGCUCGAGGCAAACCCAUUUUAAACGACGAGUUCUAUGACAACCUUCCGGAAAUAUACGUCACCUGUGAGAAGGUUAAAUCCAAGACACCAAACAUGUACGAGAACCUCGAGAUCCUGAGCAGAGAGAGAUCGCUUAACAACGAUGCUGACUUGGAACAUAGCAGCUAUCAAGUUAGAGUGCUCACUGGAAGGAUAUGCCACGUGUGGCAAUGUCCUGUGCUGGAUCGCUGCGUGGACAACAUCCUGUACAGUUGGACCAUCGGUCACCGGGACGGAGACGUGGAGAAACAGACGCAGCUCGGGAAGGCGCUGCUUUCAGUGUUCGUGCUGGUAGACCUGGAGACGGAUAAUAGAGAUUUUAAGAUCCUGAGGCCGCUGUCUGAGCUACUGGACAUGUGUCAGCCGCCGCCCGACCGCGGCGCCACCGUCGACAUACAUUCCACGCCCUUUGGAUGCGAGGUGUUCCUGAACGCGGUGACUCGUGGCUCCGUGUGUGGUGUCGUGGGCAAGCGACCGUCCCUCUUACUGACAGACGCUGCCACCGCCUUGGGCUCGGAGGGAGGGCCAGUCUUCACCGCGGGACCCGACAAUCAUCUGGUGGGCGCGGUGGUGUGUUCCGUGUCGUGGUGGCGCGGGGAGUGGGUGGGUCUCACCCUGGCCGCCCCUCUCAAGUCGGUGCUCGCGGCUAAGCUUAGAGUCCAACAGCCGCUCCCCGCUAGGACGCCGCCGUCGCCGCUGUACGUUAGGAUACUAGAGCUGGUGGACCGCAGUACGGUGCUGGUGAGGUGCGGGGCGGCCUGGGGCGCCGGACUCUAUCUGGGGGGAGGACACGUUCUCACGUGCGCGCACGUCGUCAAACAUCACGCGUCUCACAAAGUGUCGGUGUACUGUGACAACGUGAAGGAGACGGCCGCGGUCCGCUACAAGACCAAAGACGACCUAGCUUACGAUCUCGCCUUGCUAUACGUGUCACCGGCUCAUUGGAGACAUCUCCUGCCGGCGGUCUUCGCUGAGGAGUCAGCACAGAAAGGCGAGUCUGUGCUGGCGGCGGGGUUCCCGUACUUCAACGAGACCAACCUGGAGGAGCUGAAGCCGACCGUCACCAGCGGCCACGUCAACAACGUCUCCCCGUCACUCAUACAGACCACCUGCUGCGUGCAAUCAGGGUUCAGCGGAGGUCCGAUAUUCCGUAUAACAAAGGAGCUCAAGGUGGAGGUGCUGGGUACGAUCGUGUCCAACGCUAAGACGGAGACGGGUGCUAGCUACCCCUACAUCAACAUGGCCGUCCCCACCAAGGCGUUCAUACGCCUCGUGCAACACUUCAUACUGGAGAGGGAUGAGAAUGUCCUCUCCCAGAUUGAAAACAAAAAAGAUAUGAUCCAAUCACAGUGGAGGUUGCUGCCUUAUAGAUCUAAGAUAUGAGUGAAAAAUAUCGUUGUUACUGUUGUAUCUUCUUCUUCUAUAUAUAUGUUGUAUACUGUAUGUUGUGUAUAUAUAUAGUGGCGAGGAUAAUAUUAUUGAUAUUGUCAUGGUGUAUAGGUCAUAUCAUACUACUUAUAACAGGAUCAUUAAUUUAAAAUGGUAAUAAUUAAUAAUUUUUU